GGACCGUAUCCAACUUACUCGUACCUUGAUGGUAGUGCGAACACGCUUCCUUGUCCACACAUGUCCGCUGCUCCCAUACCUUCGACUCUGGUAUUACUCUCAGAGCUUGGACGCUGCACCGCCGGUCAGAAGGUUCGGUUUCUGGGCCUUGUGCAUGAGUAUACAACAAGCACAGCAACCUUGACGUUGAAGCACGAUUAUCCUCCGGACAGUCCCACAAAGAUCGCGAAAGUUGACAUCACCCAUGUCCUCGAGAGCAUCAAGCAGACGGAGAUAGAUGUAGGAACAUGGCUAAAUGUGAUCGGAUAUGUCGAGCACAAGAAGGAUCAGGUUGUAUCUGUGCAAGCGGUCACCGUCUGGGAUGCCCUCGACGUAAAUGUGGAUGCCUACGAACAAGCUUUUGAAGCUAGGAGAUAUACUGGAUCAGACUGUCACUCGUGAAGCGCCACGAUUGUUCCGUUCAGUAAUCAUGCUUCCCAAAAUCCGUGGACUCGUCACCUUGACCAAAUUCAUGAAUCUAUGGUAUGGACCAAGGGUGUUCUUCUAGUAGAGGUCAAUCUGGCAUUGCUUGCUGCUCCUAGACACUGCUGUUGCCGUCCUUGCGAUUAUCGGGAAUGAUAAAGCAAGGAAAUUGCCGUACCAUUUCCGGCAACCUGUAAAGGAGUAAGAUUAUGGAUUUGGCAACUUACUUCAGCUAGGCUGCUCGCAAUGAAGUUGAGGUAUCAAUACAGCAUGUUCUUUCGCA